CGUGACACUCCCAUUAAUAAGCUAGUGGUCUGGUGGUAAUGAAGGCCCCAAGGCUGAGAGAAGCGGGUGGAAAGUGGUUUUCUGGGGGAACGCUGGAGGUUGUUUCUGACUGCUGUCUUCUCCAGUUUAAAAAAAGAGAUGUUCAGAAGCUUCCUCUGACUUGGCUUGCUGAUGGCUGGGCGAUGAUGCCAUGGCUUAAUUGGUGUUGUUCACGAUCUCCAUUUGAGUGAUUGGUUUGGCUCUUUGUGGCCCUUUUGGACCUUCGCUCAUCAUGUGAUACUGACAAACUCAUGAGAAAUAGGAACACCACGAUGCUUGGAUUAGGACAGAAAUCACCCCUCAAACUUCUCAGGCCGUUCCUCCUGGGACCUCAGAUCCCCUGCUAGAACAUGAGCGAGUCUACACAGCCUGCUUUUGAGAUCAUGAUUCUGGAAGGAAGUGGUGUAAUGAAUCUCAACCCCAGCAAUAGCCUCCUCCACCAGCAGCCGACCUGGACAGACAGCUACCCCACGUGCAAUGUAUCCAGUGGGUUUUUCGGAAGCCAGUGGCAUGAAAUCCAUCCUCAGUACUGGACCAAGUACCAGGUGUGGGAGUGGCUUCAGCACCUGCUGGACACCAACCAGCUGGACGCCAGUUGCAUCCCGUUCCAGGAGUUCGACAUCAAUGGAGAGCACCUCUGCAGCAUGAGCCUGCAGGAGUUCACCCGGGCGGCGGGCACCGCGGGGCAGCUGCUCUACAGCAACCUGCAGCAUCUCAAAUGGAACGGCCAGUGCAGCAGUGACCUGUUCCAGUCCACACACAAUGUCAUUGUCAAGACUGAACAGACGGACCCUUCCAUCAUGAACACCUGGAAAGAAGAAAACUAUUUAUACGACACCAACUAUGGUAGCACAGUAGACUUGUUGGACAGCAAAACUUUCUGCAGGGCCCAGAUCUCCAUGACAACCACCGGUCACCUUCCUGUUGACUCGCCUGACAUGAAGAAGGAGCCAGAGCACCCUACAAAGUCCCACACCAAGAAGCACAACCCCAGGGGAACUCACUUAUGGGAAUUCAUUCGCGACAUCCUCCUGAAUCCAGACAAGAACCCGGGGUUGAUUAAGUGGGAAGACCGGUCUGAGGGCAUCUUCAGGUUCUUGAAAUCAGAGGCCGUGGCUCAGCUCUGGGGCAAAAAGAAGAACAACAGUAGCAUGACCUACGAGAAGCUCAGCCGGGCCAUGAGAUAUUACUACAAGCGAGAAAUUCUGGAACGGGUGGACGGACGAAGGCUGGUAUAUAAAUUUGGGAAGAAUGCUCGUGGAUGGAGAGAAAAUGAAAAUUGAGCAUCGACCCCCCCCAAGCACAAUCCAAAACACACCCGGAAUGACUCAUAGCCAGCCAAGGACUCCUGGACGUAAAUAUUUCAAAGACUAUUUUUCUCUGAUAUUUAUGUACCACGAGUGGAAAAAAAUAUAAAUAUAUAUAUAUAUAUAUGUAUAUAUAUAUCUACUUCGAGUGGGAAGAAGGAACACUACGGUUGAUAAAAGAUUAUUUUGUUACUUUGAAGUAUGUCCUAUAUGGGGAACCAACGUACACAGUUUUCUGUGAAAUACGACGCUGUAUGUGGUUGUGAUUUCUUUUUUUGCCUCUGUUGUGAAGUUCUUUCCUGCCACAAGAAUAACAAGGGGUGUGGCCUUGCGCUUCUUGCUGAGAGAAAGAAAAAUCAAAGGGCAUUAAAUGUUUUCAGGUGUGUGCAAAGUGAUUUAGGGGAAAAGGUGAGGAGUCUUCCACACAUCAGCAUCCAUAGGACCUUGCCAAGAGAGGUGGAUAUGGCUGUCAGGAUGAAGUGCAGGGUCUCAGAAGGACAGGAUGAAACCAGGAGGAUGCCAGGAAGUUUAACCUGUUAGGGCCCAGUGAGCAGAGAUUGGAGACUCCCCAAAUCCAGGGUGGGCUGCAAUCACUUAGGAUCACGUGACCUGGAAGGUCUCUGGGUGAGAAGAAUAAUGGUGAAGGGUUUUAUACUCACCCAGGGAUGAUUUACCUAUUCCCCCUUUCCCUCGGAUGGUUGGUGAAGAAAUGUCAACUGCUACAUCUGCUCACUUCUAGUUACUUAAGAGAGAGAGAGGUGAGUCUUGGUUAUUUUUAUUCUAGAUGAUUAAAAAUAGAAAAAUGGGGAAAAGGAGGUGUUGGUAGGAAAAUGACUAAGGCGUUUGCUCUUGGAUCUCUGUAGUUUAAGGUUUCUCAAUUGGCGCAGUUGACAUUUCAUUCUUUGUGAGAAGGGCUCUCCCAUGCAUUGCAGGAUGUAUAGAAGAAUUCCUUACCUCUACCCCAUGGAUACCAAUAGCAGUCCCCAGCUAUGACAAACUCAAAAUGUCCCCAGACAUCACCAGAUGUCCCCCAGGGGAACACAUUGACCCCCCUCAUGGAGAACCACUGAUUUAGCCAGUCAAGAUGAAGACGGUGAUUUAUUCCUGGAACAAAAAAGAUUUGUUAAGUUCUUUUAGUUCCUAAAAUGAAAGCAAGACUCUAAAAUUAACUUAUCUUUAUGUUUUAAACUGUUAGGGAUAAGGAAAGGAAAUAUUGAGAGGAAUUUCUUUUCAGAACUCAGAUGAGAGCCAAAGUCAGAUGAAUGAAAUGUAGUAAUGCAGGAAAAGCUACAAUACUACACCCGUGCACUGGAAUUUUAAGGCAGAGUAAAAAAAUUAUAAUGCAAAAGGAGAAUGUGUGUGUGUGUGUGUGUGUGUGUGUGUGUGUGAGAGAGAGAGAAAAAGAGAGAGAAUCUCCUAGGGAAAGCCCUCUUUGUAGGCAUCUUUCUUACAAUCUUUCUUAUUUUGGAUCAUCUCUUUCCUGUCUCCUCUGAACUCAUCCCAAAGUGAAAGGGUUAUUGCAUAGAUUUGCAUUCACAGAAAUGUUUCAAAAGAAAAAGAGAGGAAGAAUGAAAGAGAUACACAUAAAGUGCAGCUCAGGAGCAAGGAGUUGGAAACGACUUCCAUCAUGGGAUUAUUCUGGAAUACUUGAAGAUAGAUUUUGGAUCAUGCAAGCUGGGAGGGAUAUGAGUCUGUAGGUACCUUGAAAAUGGAUCAGGACCAGAUUCUUUUUGCAAUCUUUCUUUUUACCCCCCCUCACGCCCUUGACUUUCUCCUCUGCUCUGCCUCUAUCAUGAGCAAUGGGACAGGAAUGAAGAUAUGCCUCUAUAGGAGUGACCUUUAGCAACAAAUAGAGCCCCUGUCAUCAUGUCCUUCCUGACCAGGGAGUUGAGCAGUUCGUACCGAAGGGUUGCUAAGUGCUUAUAAUGUAUUCAAAGAUCUAGAUGUAAGAAGAAUUAAUAUCCUAAUUAUAAUGAGGACCAUUAAGCAUGGUGACCUUGGAACACCCUUGAGUGACCUUCUGAAAGGACAACCCAGUUCAUUUCAUUUCUGCCUGACUCGGUCACCUGUACAAAGGUUUUACUUGGUGUUACAAGUGAAAGUUACUGAGGGGGGCUGAGAAAAAUAACAACGGAACACCAAGGACCUUGACUGUGCAACCCAGAUCUUACUGCACAAAAGACACACCUUGUUUUUCAAGGCUGAAGAACCACGGGGCCUUCCCAGCAUUUGACUAUAAAUUACACAGAAUGAAUUAGACAUCCGGGUAUUUGAAGUGGUGUAAUACAUGAAUAUUUGUGUGUCUGUGCAUGUCUGAAUUGUGUGGAAUUAUUAGGGGCAUCUGCCAGUUCUCUCUGCUGUUCCUUUCCUGGCUUUGCUCCUCAUCUAAGGUGUCUACUAGAUCCCUCUCUGAGUUCAUUCUUCCUCAUAUCUGUAAAUUCCUCCCAGUGGGCUUUGGUUCUUGGUGCGACUUUUCCAUUAAAGAGCAAUCUUUGUCUGGGGAGUAGCAACUGGAGCAGUUCUGCAGAUAAAUAGCAGAUUGUGUUAUUUGUCGAAAGUGACAGUUUCUUGGCACCCAGUGCCUGUCUAAAUAGGCUGAAGUAUUAAGUUCUCGGCAUAUCGCUGUUGUCUCAGCUUGACUUUGCUGCCUUUUCUAUGUGCUGUUCGUGACUUGGAGAACUCAAGGUAACCGAGUCCUGCCAACUUGGGGUGUGAACAGAGUAUUUCCCACUGUAAUGUUGAAAGAUACAGCCAAAUCCUGUAGAGAAGCCCCCCUUUCUUUGGGGGGCCACGCAGCCUCUCACUGGAAGAGCUCAUCAGUGAUGAAUGUCCACCUGGGCACUGAACAUGGUCUCUUGGAACCUUCUGUAAGCCAAGGGCUCUAGCCCUCUCAGUAGGUAUAAAGUCAGGCAAUACACUGUUUAGUCUUCCCAAGACUUAGAUCAUCCUAGGUGCCUCUUUGACUUGAUAAAACUUGAGCAAGGCCCGUGGCUCGCAGGGACAUCCCACAGCAUCUUGAAAGUGCCACCUGAGAAGAGCAGAUCCAGGUUCUGAGCCUUCCUUUGCAUACACUGGUUUUUGUCUUGCUAGACUGUAAGCUCUUUGAGGGCAGGGACAAAGUCUCAUCACUAUUGUUUUCCUGGUAUCUGGCAAGAAACAGGUAGACAAUGAAUACUUGCUGGAUGAAUGAGUGAACGUCUUCUGGAAGAUUCCUUCAAGGAGGAGGCCCAAUCUAUAAUUGGAACAUGAAUGAUUUCUUCACUGGAAUAGGAACAUGGCAGCCAAAUCUUCGAGGACAUAUUAUCUAUGAUGAACAAUUUACUGUGACACUCCUUCCUUUGCUUUCUCACCUGGGCUGAAAUGAAACCCAAGCAGGUUUUUUGGUCCCACCAGUCAACAUACGUUGGCUGAGGAUUCUGUUGCCUUCCUUGGAACUGUGAGACCUACCUGGUUCAAGAUGCCAGUAAAUGAAUCCUUGACCUAUUUUAACCAAUGAAGAUUAUGAAUGUGUUUAUAUGAUGUCAGUGGCUAUUUAAGUGUAAAACAGUUUUAAGUUUUAGUAUUUGGGGGUUGGUUUUUAUUUUAUUUUUUUCUUCUUGAAAAAAAAUACCAAGGGAUCUUUUGAUAAGGUUAGUAAUGCCUAUUAGAUAUUAGUUUUGCAAGCGUGUUGUUUUUCAGUUACAGAAAACAUAAGAAAAGGUAAAACAGAGGGAAAAGCAAUUAUGUCAUUCUUCUAUAGUUAAAAACAAGCAUUUGUUGAGCUCCUACUAUGUACACAGUGUGGAACCAGAUGUGAGGAGCUGGCCUGAUUAUAUUCGCUAUGAUAGUUUCUUGACAUGUAGCUGUUUGAGGAAUCCUUACUGUUAUGAAUGAAACAGUGUCAUGGUGAUCACAGUAUCAGAGCUGAAUUAUGCUCAGCUUUGGGUCUCAGGAUUCAGUUUCUGGGAUAAGCGAUAAAGCCUUUUAAGAAGAAAAAAAUCCGUUCAAACUGUGUCUUAUAAAACUUUUGGAAUACGCAGGCCUUCACAUGUUUAGCUGAAUUGGGAUUAAUCUUUCUGUAGCUAUCUGCAUAAUUCAUGCUUUUCUUGCCUUCUGCCUUCUGGGUUGACAUUUUUUUUUUUAAACAACCGUACUGCCACUAUUGUUUUAAAAAUCAGAACUCUUUCCCUUUAAACUACAUUAAAUUCAAACUGAGUGUUUCUGUUUCACGAGAGAAUUACUGUUUUUCAACAUGUGGGUUUGUUUUUGUUUGUUUGUUUGAUGGGUCCCAGAAAACACUAAUAAAAGCCACAGAGACCAGC